UAACAUGUGUUUGCCAAAACCCGCUUCUGCUGCGGUAGCUAAUCUCGUUUGAAACUAUCUCAGCUUAGCGCCUGCCAGCUCAUCCAUCAGUUUUGUACCCAGUGUUAGAUUUUUGUUCGUUGAAGUCGGUAGAAUCAAUCAAUGGACAGACAACCGCAAACUAGUUCACAAUUGCGCCGAAUCAGCAAUACGUUGACCAAUUCUUGGUUAGAUAGUAGCAUGGCCAUGCAACAAAGUCGGAAAAUGGGAACGUAUGAGUCCGAGUGUGAUGAACAAGACGAAGUGCUAACGAAACGUGGAUCCUGGACGGGGAGAUUCGAUUUUCUGCUGUCGUUGUUAGGGUAUUCAGUUGGCCUGGGAAAUGUAUGGCGGUUUCCAUAUCUGUGCUACAACAAUGGAGGAGGUGCCUUUCUCAUCCCCUUCACCAUUAUGCUGGUUAUUGCUGGUCUCCCAUUGAUGUUCAUGGAACUGUCCCUGGCCCAGUACGCUGGGCUAGGACCGGCGGUACUAUUUCGAAGGUUCUCACCCCUGUUUCAGGGCGUAGGUGUUGGCAUGGUGCUGAUCGCUGGAAUUGUUAUGCUGUACUAUAAUGUCAUCCUGGCGUGGACUUUGUUCUAUAUGGUGGCGUCCUUCGAGGAACCUUUACCGUGGAAGGGCUGUGAUCAUCUCUGGAGUAGCAAUAACUGCUACUCGUACGAAGAGGAGAGUCGAUGCGUCGGCUUGAAUGGAACGUACUACAUGAAAAAGUGCCACAUGAAUGUGAAUUCGAUUAUGAAUUUCACAAAACUCCCGAAGAAGCCCCCAGCGGAAGAUUUUUUCAAGAACUAUUUGCUUCGACUUUCCUCGGGUAUCGAGACGACGGGUAACAUCAGCGUAACUUUGGCCCUAUCCCUACUAGGGGCAUGGUUGAUAGUGUUUUUAUGUCUAUGCCGAGGUGUAAAGUCUUCCGGAAAGGUCGUGUACUUCACCGCCUUGUUUCCGUACGUUGUGCUGCUAAUGCUGUUUGUUCGCGGGAUCACACUGCCGGGAUCGUACAACGGAAUCAUGUUCUAUCUAGAGCCAGACUGGGAGAAGUUGAAAAGUGCCCAGAUUUGGGGUGACGCGGCCGUGCAAAUAUUCUUCGCACUAAGUCCAGCCUGGGGAGGCCUUCUAACUUUGGCUUCCUACAAUAAGUUCUCGAACAAUUGUUACCGAGAUGCAAUCAUCGUUGCCAUCUCCAAUAUAUUGACGUCGUUUUUCGCUGGAUUUGUAAUAUUCUCUAUCUUAGGAUUUCUAGCACAUGAGUUGGAUACCGAGGUAGGGAGCGUGAUCGAUCAGGGUGCUGGAUUGGCAUUCGUCGUCUUCCCGGAAAUGGUCACUAAGUUGCAGAUGCCCAUGUUUUGGUCGGUCCUGUUCUUUUUCAUGCUGCUAACGCUGGGACUGGAUUCUCAAUUUACACUGAUGGAAACGGUAGUGACGGGUAUUCUGGACACAUUUCCCAAGCUACGGCAGUGGAAGAUGAGGGUCGUUUUUGGAGUGGCCGUCGUGGGAUACAUUGGAGGAUUGGUGUUUAUUACGAAUAGCGGGAUGUAUUGGUUCCAGCUGGUCGAUAAGUAUGCAGCUAAUUGGUCGGUACUGCUAAUUGCCAUCAUCGAGUGUAUACUGAUCGCUUGGAUCUACGGCUCGGCUAGAUUCAUCAGCAACAUCGAGGAAAUGAUUGGCAAACGAUCGCUCUUCUUUAAAUACUUUUGGACAACUGCUUGGAAGUUUGUUACUCCAAGCACGUUGUUGUUCAUUUUAUCCUUCAACUGGAUUCAGUACAAACCCGUUUCGUACGGAAAGUACGUUUACCCAAACUGGGCGGAUCUUGUCGGUUGGUUUAUCGGACUGCUUCCCAUGAUCAUAAUACUGGUCACAGCUCUGUACAAAAUCGUUUCUGACAGAUCGAUCCAAUCCCCCGUGCAGAUCAUAGCAAAGCUGCUCAAACCCACCGCUGAAUGGAAACCGUCUAAAUCUCCGUUAUAUCGUUUCGAGUACGAAGGCAAUGGCAUUGAGAUAUGAAAAGAUGCAGUUGUUGUUAAGUGUCAAAUAAAAAUAAAUCUGGUUACCAUUAUUUAUUACAA